AUAAACAUUGUUAACAUGAGUGAAAAAAGGAAAGAAGAAAAAAAGAGAAAGGAAGUGCGGUGUUGUGGUGAAACAAUUAGUUUCGAUAUGUUUAUGUCAAAUUUAAAGUUUAACGUUCGUAGAAGUUGGAUACAAACUAAGAAAUUGAAACAGAUAACGUUUCAUCAAGAUAGUCUACGAAAAGGACCGGGUGUAAAUGUAAAGGAUGAUAAUGGUUAUACACCACUCCACCACGCGUGUUUGCACGGUCACAAAGAAAUUGUCCGUUUACUACUAUCGGUAGAUGCGUCGCCAUGUGUGGUGGACAAGAAAGGUGCUACUCCGCUCCAUCUAGCGGCAUUCAAAGGCGAUUCCGAUGUUGUCGCUAUGCUGCUCGCUCACAACAACCCCCCAGUGAACGUAGAUCAACUGACAUCAGACCACGAGACGGCAUUGCUAAUAGCCGCCCAUUUCGGUUACGUGGACGUAGUAGGCCAACUCAUAGCCAAGGGAGCUGAUGUCUCUGUCAAGAAUAACAAUGAUGAGAGCGCGUUGGACCUCGCCGCUCAGUAUGGAAGGUCAGAGACAGUACAACAUUUACUGCGAGUCAGACCUCAGCUGGUAGAGCCCUACAAAUUGCCGCAGAGUCGCUCGUGGGUGUACCCAUCGACGCCAUUGCAUAGGGCCAGUAAAAACGGACGCAAGGAGGUAGUAACUGCUCUCAUAAACGCUGGUGUGGAUCCCAACAUCAGGACUCAUAACGGCACUCCGCUACACGAGGCGGCCUGCUUUGGCAAAUCUUCAGUCGUCCGUAUACUUCUAUCGACGGGAGCGGAUUUGGAUGCUGUUGACUCUAAAGGGAGAACCGUUCUCGAUCUCUUAGCUGAUUAUUCAGAAGAGGCUACCAGAAGAGUGCGAAGAGUGAUUAGAGAGUUCGAAAACAUGCAAAGAAACACAUACGAAAGUGAAGAAGAUCUGCCCCCAUUUCCCGUGCCGGACUACAGUCCCACCGGCUAUCAGAAAGCCCCAGAGACCCAGAAAAAUACUAACCAAAAUAAAAGCUUCUUAUCUUCAUCUUCAUCUUCUUUGACAAAAAAUCAUUCUCAAAGCUUUGUUAAAAAGCUGGCUUCGAAAUGCAUGGGCCUGAAAGCUAAAUUCAAUUCAGUUCCUAACAUUUCUAACAGUCCAGUUGUAGAAGCGGACGUCGAUGCAAAGAACAAAGUUUUGGAACAUAAAACUAACACACACACAUUAUUAAUAGGAAACAGUAAAUUUUUCAAAAUACUGUCGAAAAAAGAAGAAUCGGGUGAAAUAAUUUGUAAUGAUGAAUUUGAUACUAUUUCUUUAGAUAGAAUAAGUGCCUUAAAUCGAGACUCAGUUAUAAAUAAAAGUAAUCGAAGUUGCCCCGGGUUCAAAACAUCAUUACCCAAUAUCAGCGAAAACAAUGAAUUUAGUGAUUCCGAGAAGUCUGAUGCGGAGUUUAUUAUAGUUGAAAGAAUUGUCAAUAGUAAUGCAAAAGCAUUAAAUAUAAAUGAAGCUAUUAAUCCUAUUUCUUCUAAUAUAUUUGAACCUAGAACGGCAAGUAUUAGGAUAUCAAUGACAUCUAACACCUCUGGGGAAUCUGAAAAUCUAGUAAAUGAGUGUUACGAGGCUUACGACUUUUCUAAAUUGUCUACAAAAAAUAAUAGGAAUAUCAACUCUAUUCCAAAACCUGUACCUAGGCUAAAUGUUAGAAUUAGUGAAGAGACUAACCCAAACAGUGUUUAUGAAAAUAUAGUAGUAGUUAAUAAAAAUAAGCCACCAACUCCUGCAGUCAGAACACACAUACCAGAAAAAUCCACGUCAAAUACAUUAAAAGAAACUGCGUUAUAUGAAAAUGUUUCUUUAAUACGCGAAAAAAAAUCUAGUCUAUCUAAAAAAGAUUUUAUAUUUACGUCUGAAAUUAACGAGAAUAAACCUCGAAGCAUAAGCAGAGCAUCAACUGUUUCUUCUGAUUCUAUGAUAGACGAAUCAAAUUUAGAAGAUAUUUUGCUGUCACAAAAAUCGAAGUCUUUUAGACAUAGUAAGAAUUGUGAAAUUAAUUCUUUUUCUAAUAAAUCUUUAAUAAGAAGUAAAUCAAAUGCAUCUGAUUUUUCUGAUAUGACAGACGCAAGUGCAAUAGAAAAUGUUGACUGUAGUCAAGAUCUUGAACAAAACCCUUAUACAUCUAUGGUAGGCACAUUGCCUAAUAAAAAAAUAAAUAAUCCCGAUAAAAAACAUUUACUCUUUAGACAUAAAACUUUUACUACUAUUGAUUUAGAUAAAAAAUCGUAUACAUCAGAUUUACCCAAGUGGAAUAAUGAGUUUUUAAUAGAAACUCUAGCUCACUAUCAUAUUCGUGGAACAGGACAUUGUAUAUACAAGGCACCAACUGUUACAGAAUUUAUCUAUAUUUUUAACAGAGAAACUCUCUACAAACCUGUUCCCCCGUUUACCAAAGUAAUAAAUACUAACAGAGAUAGCUACUUUGAAACAGCUAUUUGUUUUUGUAAACCUAAACCACCUAAAUAUCACAGUAGCGCUGAAGAUUUAUUAAACGUAUGUUCUCGCGAUGAAGAAGAUAAAGUGAGCAUUGAUAUGAAUGCAUUGAACAAUAUGGAGGAAAUGGAAUUAACAUCAUUUCGAUGUUAUUGUUAUUCUAAAACGUGUAUAUUUCAUUCAGAAAAACGUGAUUCGGGGAACCUAAUCGUUAAGUUUUCAGCUAUAAAAAAAAGUAUAUCUACUCCAAACAUUACACUCGAUUCUUCUUUUUCGACAAACGGUACUAGUAGUUUACUAAAAAAUAAUUCUAUUCCAUCAAAUUUAGAGCAACCUUAUGCUGUUGUCGAUAUUACUAACAUAGUUCCAAAAAAUAACACGGUGGAGGAUAAAAAUAAUGACAGUUCUAUUUAUGUUCCUAUGUCACAACACACAACAUUGUCAUCAUCCUAUACUCGUUACUCAAUAAAAGACAUAGAAGAAGUAAUAUCACAGAGUGAUACUUCUAUAUCGACUUCCGCUAUUCCUUGUGCUUCUGAUUGUACUGUACGUAAAUCAGGCUCCUCGGAACGUUCUGAAAAGUGGUCAUUACAAUCGUGUGACUCCAACGUUACCAUUAAAUCCGAUGCUAGCUAUAUUACAUGUUUUAAUGAUUCGUCCGAAGAGUCUGAUGAUACCUUGCACACUGAUGAAGAAGUCUCGGACGCAGAAACGGUUACUUCUGAAAUUAGUGGUACUAAAAGACCUUGGGUACAUAGUGAUUCCUUUAGAUUUGGUAGCAAGAAGGAAAUCAAUUUUGGAAUAAAUGCAAUAACGGAAGAAACAAAUGAUUCAAGUUCCUCUAAAUUUGAGAGUGGUAUAAGCGUAAGGAGUUCGGAGACUUCUUCGUCGGAUAGCGAGGAGGAUGAUGUUCCGAGGGCUUCGGAGGUGUCGCUUUGUACUACUGCUUCGCUUGAGCGGGAUUCCGGGGUGGUCGGGGCUGUUUGCAGCGGGUCGGGGCGACGGCGGUGGGACGAGACUGAGGGCACUAGCGAGGGUGACGCGUUGAGUAUAUCCAGCGCUGCAUCUAGCUGCGCGCCGUUGCACAUGACACAUCAUCACGAAUACAGCAAAGUUUCGCCCACUCCCCCGAAGAAGCCUCCGCGUCGUAACUUGUCAGUAUCACCGACGCAUGCCAACUCGCCCUCUUCUGGGUACAGUUAUGAACUGCGGCCACACGCGAGAAGUCAGGACGAUUUGGAUGACAUACAGGGCAGCAAACACUACCUCAAACACGGCCGGUCGGUAGACCAAUAUGUCGAUGGUAAACUCUCCUACUCAGAGUAUGAAGAUAACCAUUCCCCACGAAUAGUGCCUGUCCCCAAUCCUCGGUCGAGCCUCAAAAAUCGUUCCCAACCCGUCGCUAUCACGGCUAUGUACGAGAAUGUUGUUAUAAAGGAACAGAAUCCCCGACGGAAAUUGAGAAGAAACAACUUCGCACCCCCGUACGAGAACUAUGAACCAAGAAUGAACGAUAACAGAGUGAGGAAGUAUUCGAAUCAGGAACGGUCGUCACUAGAGAGCUUGUUAGACGAUCAGUCGAUGAAUAGCCCGAGCGAUUGUGAACGGUAUUACGAUGGGCAGAGAGUCGAGUUGCCGUUGUCGCCGACGCAUUACGACCAGCCGCCUACGCCCGACCAUCCGCCCCCAUCUGCCAAACAAGCAGAGAACAGCAUCCACGAACGGAUCAGGCCCUUAAGUCAGGAGUACAAGAGAAGAUCUGUCCUUCGGGACAGUCAGACGGAGACCGAGGUGAGUUUACUUCGAGCAGCGUCCGCCGCGUCGGUUGCUAGUGGUGCCACAGACAGAAGUGGUAACACGGACAACUGCGUGGAAGAGUACGUGUGCGAUGUGCCUUUUGCUGGCCUCUUCAAAGGCUCGACGACAACGCUCGACGGGAUCGGUCUACGACCGAUGCCAGCCGAAAGGCCGAAGACGUUGAGGAAACUAAAAUCGGUGUACGACGCCUCGCCGACAGAAGCGCCGGCAAUCAACAGCGCCAACUUGAGCAGCAAUGGACAGGCAGACAGGAACUUUAAUGGGGUGGAGGAAGAAGUCAGAAGGCGGAGUAAUACGACUAGUUCCAAUCAAAGUGCGGACAAGUCGCUGUCGAUCCUCAGUCCAUUCGAUGAGCAGGAGGAGUGGGCGAAAAUCUCCGAGAUAAUGGCUUCGUUCGGCACAAAACUCGUACGCGAGUCGGUGUUUGUUAGCGAACUCGAACAGGAGUUCACGUCGAGACUUGGGCUCAGUUGCUCUGAGUCAAGUUUGAGUCCAUCUGUGGCGUCCAACCUCGGACUCUGGUUGUCUGGCCUCGGGUUGCAUGAUUAUGAACCUUUAUUUUUGGACAGUGGCUAUGACGACAUCGAUUUUAUUAAUGGCAUCUUAGACGAGAAUGAUCUACGCGAAAUGGGUAUAGAGGAGAAUGAUAGACAUAAAAUAGUAGAAUCAUCGAAACAGUUACCUCUUAAAAUAGCAGAAAUAAGCAAUAACCACAAUAAUAAUAAUAUAAGUAAAAACCAAAACGAAUCAGUUGAAGAAUGGUUACGGAAUAUUAAUUUAGAACAAUAUAAUGAUACGUUUAGGAAGCAUUUGUAUGUCGAUAUGGAUAGAGUGAAAAGGAUUUGGGAGGUGGAGUUGACUGCUGUUCUGGAGAUACAGAAGGUUGGGCACAGGAAGAGGAUUCUAGCGUCUGUUUCUGGAGAGCAGAAUGGGCCUGCCAAUAAUAUGGAAGAUAUUAAUGCUGAUCUCAAUACUUUGAAAAAUAACAUUCAACAAUUGAAAGAAGAAAUCAAAGAGAAAUUACCACCGUCGGAGAAUUUGAAACCAGUACCACCUCCGGUUGUGCCUACAUUGGCGCCCCCUGGUGGUGAGACCUUGAAACGUAGUAAGAAGAACAGACCAGCUCCUCAGCCUCCUAGACCAUCAGAUCUUGAAAUCAGGGCGCCUUCGGAACUGCUGGUCGGUGUUCCCGGGGCGCUGAAGACACAGUGGAAACAUCAACCCUUCGUUCUUGUUACGGGAGCUGUUACAUAUGUAGCUAAUUAUUUAGGAUCAACUGUGGUGAAGGAGCUUCGAGGGACAGAAUCGACGAAGAAGUCGAUACAGAAACUGAAGAAAUCAACCAAAGAACCAAGAGACUCUCCCGAUAUUAUCCUGUCCAUUAGUUAUAGAGGCGUCAAGUUUCUAAACACGAUUACCAGGGAGCUGAUAUGCGAACAUGAGAUUCGUAACAUCCACUGCGCGUGUCAGGAUGCCGAUGACCUCACUCAUUUUGCGUACAUCACCAAAGACCACGCCACCAAGAGCCAUUACUGUCACGUGUUCAGAGUAGCCACUAUGGACCAAGCUACGGAAGUGAUCCUCACACUAGGUGAAGCGUUCGAAGUGGCUUACCAGAUGGCACUUAGAGAACAAUCAAACCGAACAAGAGUGAUGCAAUCACAAGCCAAAACUCCCACACAUGACCCCACAACUGUUAGCAAUAAAGAAAAGCCAAAUACAAACCACGGGAGAUCACAUUCCAUAACUGAGAUCAAAUUGAACGGUCAUCAGUUGAAAAUUGCUCCAAUCCCAGCUUCGUUGUCCAACGAAGAUUUCCAAGCAGCCGCUAGAAAUUCCGAUGGUUCUAGAAGUCCUAGAACUCCUUUGUUAAAGGCACCUAUAGCUUCUACUGAAGAGUUGUGAAAGCGAAGGUAAUGUUCGGUUUUGAAAGAUUAACUCGAACGAACAAUUGUUUUUAACAUUAUUUUUUGUAAUAGCGACUAUAUAAUAAUGACUGUUAAUGAAUACCAUUAUAUUUCAUGAGUUAAUGCAACUGUCACACUAAAAAGUUGAAAUUCCUAUAAAGAUUUUUGACAUAAUUUAUAAAGAAAACUGCUUAUUGUUAUAUAAUGUAGACAAAUGCUAUGUAUGUUGAGAAAUAAAUUAGAAAUGUACGUUUUAAUAUUGAAAGGAUCAUUGGCAGGUACCAAAAUAUAACUGAUCCUUACUGAUAUUCUUGUAUAAGAUAAUGAACUAUAUUUUGAUUUCGAAACAUUUACGAACAUAACCUAAUUUAUUUAACUAAUGUAUUAUAUUAGAUAAAUAAAACCAGUUUUACUAUUGAAUAGUAAAAUUUUAGGCUGUUAUAUUUAUAGUAAUUCCUAAUGAUUGUAUAUUUUUGUUUUUUUAGCAUUACUCCCUUACACUGUUCAGAGAAAACUUAUAUAAACUAUUCAGAAUUCUUGCAGCUAUUCUUGGUCCAAGUUAUUCGCCGGAUUUUAAAAUCGUUAAACUUAAAUAUGAACACGUAAUCGAGUGAAAAUUUAGAUGUUAAAAAAAACUAGUUAGCUUUAAUUUGUUUUAUGCAUUUUGACGUCUUAUUGAUAUUCAGUUAGGCCUAAAGUAUAAUCUCGGUUAGAUAUUAUAUUAUAAUUUAUACGUUACCAUUAUUCGGUGUCGUAUAUAAUGUAUUUAAGUGUAUAUAGAAUAGUAUUAAGGAGUGCAUAGAAGUGUAUAUGGGUUGUUAAAGUUACACAUCUUAUGACAUGAAAGCGAAAUCGCCUAAAGUAACAUAUAGUACAUAAAACAUAUCAAAACUGAUGUUAUAUGUUAUUGAUAUUCAGUAAAAGGUGACCGUUAUAACUUGACUCUUUUCGCGCGCUGGUUCCAUGAAAUGUAGAACUAUUGUGUUGCGUCAAAGGGGUCUUGUUAUACAGCUAGCUACUGUAAUUUUAUGAUAAACGUGAGCUUCCGAUGUUAAUUUUGCGACUAGUUUACAAUUUAUGGAGUUAAAAUUCGUUGUUCUACGUACAAUAAAUGUCUCAAAAUGACAAAAAAAAAUUGAUGUUUUCGGUAUUGUCUAUUCUGUUCAAUUAUUGCAACUGGUUGCUCAAACAUGUGAAAAUUUUCUACUGUUUCUUAAAAUAAUCCUUUUUAUGAUUUUAUAAUAUUUUGAAACUGUUCUAGGCCUUAUUGUUUUCAAGUACGGUCAACAGAAAAAGUUUCUGAUCUAAUAUCAAUCUAAAUCA